ACUCAGCCUGGGGGGAAGGAGAAAAGAAGAGGCAUUUUAAGAACAAGAAAACAAGAAAGAACACAGGACCAGGAGAAUGAACAGUACAAUAAGUCUUAUGCUGGCUGUGGUGAAAAUGAUCUUGUGGGUUGCUUUACUGAUGUCUCAGUGUUGUUUGGGUCUGAAUGGAGUUGCAGCAGGAAGCGCAGGACUGGAGAGGAUAGAGACAUGUGCCACCAGAUGUUCUCAGGGCCUUCACUGCAAGACAAAGCCAGGGUAUUUGUUUCCUCCUCCAUGUCAUCACCCUGCUGAAGGUCUCAAUACUUCCUCUGUGUUCCACAACAUCAGCCUCUCCACAGUCAUGAGGUGUGAGGGGAGGCAGAAAUGCUCACUACACCUCAGAAUCAAAACCAAGUUGCAACUUACUGAGUCCAUCCUUGGUGUGUCCAUGUGCACUGCCACUGCAGGGAUGAUGGCAAACUGCCGAGUCUUUAGCUUCACAAGAACGUCAAGAGAAAGAAUGUCUGGACUGCAGGUGGAGGUUGAGAAUGAUUGCACUGACAUUUCCCCGAGCCAGCAAGUCAAAGUGAUAGUGAAAACUUUGCCUAGCUACUGUGGCAUAACCUGGACUGGCACGUAUGAAGCUCCGGAAUGCAUCAGCGAAGACUUGCAAAGACAUGUCCCAGAAUGCAUCACUGGGAGGCUGUCGUAUGAUGUAAACCCCCAGAGGAAGGAGCUGAAUGUCAGUGUGUCAGACAUGCUGGAGAAUCACAACUACCACAUCCGUCUGUGUCAUAAGAAUUUCAUCUGCGUUGGCACAGGGGCCAAUACACUGAUUAAGAAGGAGGACUCCGUAAAGAGCGCCACUCUAUCAUACUCCCGACCGUUGCCCUGCCUCUGCAUCGAGGGAUGGUCAGCGGUGAUGGAUGCUCCCAGAGUCCAGGUCUGCCCCUUCAAAGACCGUCUCGAGGAACUGUGGUUUGGAAUUACUUUUGAUCCACUGGAGGAGAUGCUAUCAUGGGAGCCUGCCUGUCCAGUUACUGCGGUGGUUGCACUGUGUGAGGAAAGAGAGGACAGCGUCUGCGUGGAUCUGCCUCACACCUCCCAGAAUGUUAGCAGAGAAAAGAUAACGUUUACUAAAGUGGAUCCACACCCUCAGCUGUGUAUGAAGUUCACGACAGGGUCUCAGACCUGGACUAGGUGUCCCUUUUCUGAUGCCAGAUUCCAAGCGUGGCAGGUGGUUGUGACAGAAAAACAAGGUCACGAAGAUGUGAAGAUGUUGUCACAGAUCUCUGCAACAUUUUCCGUGGGCCUGUGUGUGAGGUCUGAAGGAUCGUGCCAGGUCACUGAAACACACACCAUGCAUGUGGAGAAACAAAAAACUGUUGGCUUAAACCUGGCGGAGGAACUAUGUGACUCUUGUCUCCAGGUGAAAAGGCUCGAUGUCAAGUUUGCUGCCACAGUCAAUCACUGUUUUAAGCAAUGCAAUCCAUCAUUGCACUCCAGCCGAGCCCCUUGGGAUUUGACCUGGGUCAUUGUACCAGCUGGUGUUUGUCUCUCUGGCAUCAUAAUUGUCACUCUGGUGCUUCAUGUACUGCUAACCGUGUAUCAAAGGAGGAAACAGAAAAGAAAUGGAGGCUGUAUCUCUGAAAAGCAAACAGAUCCCGCUUGUGAGUGUGAGGUCCCUGCAUUUCAAACUCAGCCUGUUCUCCACAGAGGGGUCCUCAUACCUGAUUCACCACAAUGUGGGAACACUGAGAGGGCCAACUUAAUCUCUGACUGACCAAAGAGUGUUGCUCCUGUCAAAAGCAUUUCUUGCCAUGUGCAUUAAAAGACUGUAAAAAUGUUACAUAAACCAAAUAAGUUCUCUGUUCAAUGCAGUAUACAAUGUUGGGAGAGUCAUUUCAAAUGUUAUGUAUGUUAUUGUAUAAGUGCUGGUUAUUAUGCUUGUUAUAGUUAUUAGUUGUUGUUUACGUAUGUAUUCUGUGUGGUGUUUUCUCUUUGGGUGAAUGAGUAUUAAGUUAAAAAUUCAUUCAGCUUGCAGCUAAAUAUUCAGUUCUUAUUUCUAUUUUCAAUAAAAAAUGCAAAAUAUGAAAGAAAACCUACAGUUUUUUAAAGUUAUGUUUUUUUUUCAAACUGAACCUACAUGCAGGGAAGUAAUAUUUCACUUCUUUUCAGCAUUGUCCAUAAUUGCAGUUGUUGAGGUUACAUUUUCUCAAGUAUUUUUCCUUGUUGCAAAAGCAAACAUUAGUCACAUCCAAUCCAAUCCAAUCCUUAAAGAUCACUCACAAUAUUACGUAAUAUGACAGUUGGAAAUGCUAAAAUAUCACCUCCUCUGCUCUGACACUCACCACAAGGAGCUCCAUCAAAAUAAAAAAAAAUAAAACAAUAAUAUUUAUAUAUGUGUCAUUAUAUUACAGGUGUUUGGGUUUCUUAUUGCGCCCACACCCCAUAUACGCCCCCGACCAGCUAGGUAACAAACCUUUGGUAUUUAAGCAAGAAAGUUUCCAAGAAACGAGGGUUCAUACAAGCUCUCACACCACUUAUUUUCACUUGUUCAGACAAGAGAGUGUUUACUCUGCGUUUCCCUUGAAGUGAUGCCUUACAUAAUUCAGCAGGUUGGGGGUGAAUUACCCACAUGUACCAUUCUUAAAACCAGAAUACAUUUUCCUUUAUAAAGCUCAUAAAUAAUGUGUGUGUUAUAUUGUGACAACCCCUCCUGCUUCCCACUCUGCUUUGCUUGGUCUAUUCUCUCUUCCCCUUUCAAGAAUAAGCCAAGCAGAGUGGAGGGGGCUUCUGGGCUGGUAAGUCCUGCUC